UCUCUCUCUCUCUCUCUCUCUCUCUCUCUCUCUCUCUCUCUCUCUCUCUCUCUUCAUGGGUUCUUUCUCCGUCGCUCUCUGCUUUGCUGCUCUCCUCCUCCUCCAUGCGGUGGCCGGAGCCGGCAGACGGACCUACAUCGUCCGCAUGAACCACAACGAGAAGCCCGAGUCCUUCUCCACCCACCAUGACUGGUACUCUUCUCAUCUCCACUCUCUCUCUUCAUCCUCCUCCUCCGGAGAUGACGAAUCUUCUCUUCUCUACACUUACACCUCCGCAUUCCAUGGCUUCUCCGCCGUUCUCGACCCGGAUGAGGCCGAGGCGCUCCGCCGAUCGGACCCGGUUCUCGAUGUGUUCGAAGAGACUGUGUACUCGCUUCACACAACUCGAACUCCCGAGUUUCUGGGUCUCAACUCGGAGUUCGGGUCGUGGGCAGGGUACGGUGCCCAGGAUCUCAAUCAGGCCUCGUAUGGUGUUGUCAUUGGGGUUUUGGAUACCGGAGUUUGGCCAGAAUCUAGGAGUUUUGAUGACACGGGUAUGCCGGAGAUCCCGGCGAAAUGGCGAGGGGAGUGUGAAUCGGGUCCCGAUUUCGAUCCGAAACUGUGUAACAAGAAGCUAAUCGGAGCUCGAAGCUUCUCCAAAGGGUUUCAAAUGGCUUCCGGAGGCGGAUUCUCUAACAAGCGUGAGUCUGUGUCCCCACGCGACGUCGAUGGUCAUGGAACCCACACCUCCUCCACUGCCGCCGGAUCCGCCGUGAGGAACGCGAGCUUCCUCGGCUAUGCCACCGGGACGGCUCGUGGGAUGGCAACUAGGUCGCGCGUGGCGACGUACAAGGUGUGUUGGAGCACUGGUUGCUUCGGAUCUGACAUCCUCGCCGGCAUGGACCGCGCAAUCCUUGACGGCGUCGACGUGCUCUCACUCUCCCUCGGCGGCGGAUCCGCUCCGUACUAUAGAGACACCAUCGCCAUCGGAGCUUUCUCGGCCAUGGAAAAGGGCAUCUUCGUCUCUUGCUCUGCCGGCAAUAGCGGACCCACCAAGGCCUCCAUCGCGAACGUCGCGCCAUGGAUAAUGACCGUCGGCGCCGGAACCCUAGACCGCGAUUUCCCGGCGUACGCCGUUCUCGACAACGGAGACCGAAUCAAAGGAGUUUCUCUCUACAGCGGUGAAGGAAUGGGGACCAAACCCUUGGCUCUGGUCUACAACAAAGGUAACAGCAGCUCGAGCAAUCUAUGCCUCCCUGGUUCGCUCGACCCGACGCUCGUACGUGGCAAGAUCGUGGUCUGCGACAGGGGACUGAACGCUCGUGUAGAGAAAGGAGCCGUCGUUAGAGACGCCGGAGGAGCCGGGAUGAUACUUGCGAACACGGCGGCGAGCGGCGAAGAGCUCGUCGCCGACAGCCAUCUGUUACCGGCGAUGGCGGUCGGCAGGAAGAUAGGAGAUCUGAUAAGGGAGUACAUGAAGUCCAGCAAGAACCCGACGGCGGUUCUGGUUUUCAGGGGAACAGUGCUGGGAGUCCGACCAUCGCCGGUGGUGGCGGCGUUCAGUUCGAGAGGGCCGAACAUGGUGACGCCACAGAUCUUGAAGCCUGACGUCAUCGGUCCCGGAGUCAACAUCUUGGCCGGGUGGUCGGAGGCCGUGGGACCCACCGGUCAAGAGAAGGACACGAGGAGGACUCAGUUCAACAUCAUGUCAGGCACUUCUAUGUCAUGCCCACACAUCAGUGGCUUAGCCGCCUUUCUGAAAGCUGCCCACCCUGAAUGGAGCCCUAGCGCCAUCAAGUCUGCGCUCAUGACCACAGCCUACAACCUCGACAACACCAACUCGCCUCUUCGUGAUGCCGCCGACAACAGCCUCUCGAACCCGUGGGCUCAUGGCUCGGGUCACGUGGAUCCUAAGAAGGCUCUCUCUCCAGGCCUAGUUUACGACAUCUCCACGGAGGAAUACAUUAGGUUCUUGUGCUCGUUGGACUAUACCCUCAAUCACAUCCAGGCUAUCAUCAAGCGUCCAAACGUAAAUUGCUCGAGGAAAUUCUCCGACCCUGGUCAGCUUAACUACCCGAGUUUCUCGGUUUUGUUUCGGGACAAAAGGGUUGUCAGGUACACAAGGGAGCUGACCAAUGUUGGUGCACCUGGUUCGGUUUACAAGGUGACAGUUGAUGUGUCGGUUAGCGUUUCGGUAACGGUUAGACCGAAAAGGCUCGUGUUUAGAACUGCGGGAGAGAAGAAAAGGUACACGGUAACGUUCUCGGCCAAGAGGGGAGUGAGUGGUGCAACUGCCGAAUUCGGAUCUAUCACUUGGAGCAAUUCGCAGCAUCAAGUGAGGAGUCCUGUGGCAUUUUCUUGGACACGGUUUUGAGGGAAGACAGAUCUAACAUAUCCGUUCUGUGGUGUUCUGGUUCGAGAUGGGUAACUGACCAAGCCUUGUUCAUCGGCCUUAAGCAGUUCAAGACGGGCGUUUCAGAGAUCGCAUCCCAAGAAGUUGGGAGGAUCCGGUAAUAGAAUUUGUAUCUGUCGGAAAGCAUUUCCUUUGAUUUUCCAAACACUAAUGUACGAGAAUUUGUACUUGUCAGAACGUGUAAUGCCAAGUCCAUUUGAUUCAUCAA